AGCGUCGAUCUAUCUUCUCUGCUUUUAAAUGAAUUGUAAACAGAUGUCACAAUCGUAGCAGGCGCGUCACGACCGCGUCAUUUUCACCAACCAUCCGAAGUCCAAACGUGAUCGUAUUUGAAAACCCAUGUGUUGGCAGUACGGUACGGAUCCGCCACACUAAAGUAGGGCAUCUCAGUAGCAAGAUACGUUCACACUGGAAGUUUCAGCUUAUAAAACACCUGCUCGCUGAUAUGACUUUGCCUCAUUCCCUUUACCAAGAACCAUCAUGUUUACUUCCCGCUUCAUCAGCUUUGCGCUGCUCAGCUUCCUCGCUGGUGCCAACGCGAAUUCAUGUGCAAAUUGCCCAGCUUCAGUGACUAUCGACGGUAUCGGCACGGCAGCGAAGCUACUCAGCCUGAGCCGAACGUUCGAAACCACAGCUUGCACUUACGAUACUAUCUGGCACAAAUCACCAGCGUUGUGUGGGUAUAACAACUAUGACGCCAGUAAUGUAUAUGGGUAUCCGACUUGUCCGAGUUCAACAACUUUGUUUAACUGCUGAAGGUGAUGUGAAGAAGUGGGGGAGACGGGACACCCAACAGGAGGAGCAAUGUCCAGCCGGGUGUAUGGCAGUAGAUCACCACCUGUUACGAGAAUUGCCAAAUAGUCCAUCAGCAAAAG